UUAUCAGUGAUGACUACAUAGACCUCUUAUAAUGUAAAGAACUUUAUUUUAUCAAAAAAGCCGUAAAAUUAGAAACGUUAAUACCAGAAGCCGAUUUCGAGUGCUGUUUGAGUGUCACGCAUCACGCUUUGCUACACUCAAGAAGCUCUUACGGGAGAAUGGGUCAAAAUGGGUCAUAUCAUAUUAAGCUUUAAAUUGUUACUAAAAUGAACGUGGACAUUGUGGAGCUUUUUUUUUAUAGGCCGAGGUUUCUUUAAAAAUAAGCAAAUUCGACAAACGGUAAAUGUACACUUAAGGACAAAUAAACUGUGAACAACACUAUUCUUAAAAAAAACACAUCAAAAGUUGCAAAAAAAAAGUACAAAAUUUCGAUAAUUUUAAUCAAUCUAGCUUGAGCUAAGUAUACUCGGGACCCAGGCUAUGCAAAAAACUAAAAUUGAUUGCAUUCUGUAUUUAAACAUAUUUUUAAUCGAAAAACCAAAUCAAAAAAAUUUAGAAAAUUGUUUCACGUUUUUGGGUUUUUUUUUCAUCUGGGAACCACUGUGCGCCGGUAUACCGCAAGCGGUAUUGCUAUACCGCCAUGGUUUACCUACCGCUCCUGUGAUCGAAUUGAUAAACAAAAAUGCGUACUAGGCAUUAAACUGAAUACUGACGUUUUUUCACUGACAGCGAAGAAGCUGUCAAGCAUUACAAAAAAAAUCAAUUUAAUUUAGCAUAAUAAAAAAAUGUUAUCAAAAAUUACCGGAGAAACUAAUUUUUAUAAAUAUAAAAGAAAGAUUUAUGAAUGUUUUCGUCUAGUUCGAACUUUUUCCUCUAGUCCAAAUAAGCUCAAAGUACUUUUUUUUGGAACUGACAACUUUUCACUUCCAAGCAUUGAGGUGCUACAUAAAUCAAGUUUGAACAAUUUAAAGGUGUCCACCGUUGGUGUUGUCACAUCCUUUAAGAGUCCUUCAAAUUGUAUAAAAUGCUAUGCAGAGGCGAACAAUUUACAAACUUACAAGUGGCCAAUUGAGCCGGACACCUGCAAGCAAUAUGAUCUGGGAAUAGUUGUUUCAUUUGGACAUUUGAUACCAAGUAACCUCAUUAAAGCUUUCCCUUUAGGAAUGAUAAAUGUUCAUGCUAGUCUCUUGCCUCGAUGGCGAGGAGCUGCUCCAAUAAUCUAUUCAAUUAUGAAAGGUGACACUAAAACUGGUGUCUCAAUAAUGAGAAUCGAACCAAAACGGUUUGAUAUUGGUGAUAUAUACGCCCAAAAAGAAAUACCUAUUGCCCCGGAUGUUCUAAUGCCUGAAUUACAUACAAUAUUAGCAAAAGAAGGAGCAAAACUUCUAAACUCAACUCUGGAAGGAUAUCCAGAAAGUUUUAAAAACUCGAUACCACAAAAUGAUAAAGAGGCAACUUAUGCACCAAAAGUUCUUCACACUUUAACUGAAGUUGAUUGGAAUCUAAUGACAGCAAAUGAAGUCUAUAACCUCUACAGAGCUCUUUAUGGUUAUAAACCAUUGUCAACUAGAUUUAAAGAUUUGAACAUAAAGUUGAUUGAUAUUAGACUUGGACCAAAGCUGAACGACUGCCAUGGAAGUUCUGGAUCUAUUGAAAUUAUUCGAAGUGAAAAAUGCUUCAGAGUACGAUGCAAAGAUUGCAAUUCCAUUGAUGUUUUUAGGGUCAAAGUUGAAGGUAAACGUACUAUGACCGCCGAAGAGUUCAGUAAUGGAUUUUUAAGAAAAUGUGAGAAAAGUUCGUUAGUUUUUAAUAAAAAUUAAUUAUUGGAAAAAAAUUUUAAGUUUAUGUAGUUAAUUCGCGGGGGAAUUCAGUCAAAGUACAAAAGUUGUUCUACUGAAUAUUUUUUAAUAGAAAUUAAAUGUUUCUUCGGAUUUGUUUGUUCGAGAAGAACGUCCUCGAGUUCAUAAAAGUAAAUUUACAACAGUACUGCAAAAUAAAACUUUU